UUUGUUGAAAAUGAUGCUAUUUUGCAGCUACAACAUUAACUGGUCUACAUUUUGCAACAACCACCUUGUUGACUGUUCUUCUUCGGGGGUUGGGGUAUAUCCAACCUUCUCAACUACCGCUGCCUGACCUUCUAAAAUUUGUUUUGUUUGCAAACUUCUCAAUUGUUGGAAUGAAUGUGAGUUUAAUGUGGAAUUCAGUGGGGUUCUAUCAGAUUGCAAAGCUGAGUAUGAUUCCUGUGUCAUGUUUCUUGGAAGUUGUCUUGGACAAUGUACGUUACUCAAGGGACACAAAGCUUAGCAUAAUAUUAGUUCUCCUUGGUGUUGCAGUAUGUACUGUAACUGAUGUAAGUGUCAAUGCCAAGGGGUUUCUUGCUGCUAUUGUAGCUGUCUGGAGCACAGCUCUUCAACAAUAUUAUGUCCAUUUUCUUCAACGGAAGUAUUCGUUAGGAUCUUUCAACUUAUUGGGUCAUACUGCGCCAGUACAAGCAUCAUCUCUGUUGGUCGUAGGGCCCUUUCUUGACUACUGGUUGACAAAUAAAAGAGUUGAUGCGUACAACUUUACUUGGACAUCUGUGUUUUUCUUAGUCCUCUCUUGCAGCAUUGCAGUUGGAACCAACCUCAGCCAGUUCAUCUGCAUUGGUAGGUUUACAGCCGUGACCUUCCAAGUUCUUGGCCAUAUGAAAACCAUUCUGGUUCUGGUGUUAGGAUUCACCUUUUUUGGAAAAGAGGGUCUUAAUCUACAAGUAGUUGUGGGCAUGAUCAUUGCAAUAGCAGGAAUGAUCUGGUAUGGCAAUGCCUCAUCUAAACCAGGUGGGAAAGAGCGUAGGAGCCUUUCAUUACCAAGCAACAGAUCACAAAAACAGAAUGGAUUACCUGAAUCCACUGAAGUAAGUGAAAAGGUCUAGGGUUCAGCAAAAGAAGAGAAAAAAGACACCCAAAAAUAGAGAUGAAAAUGGAACUUCGGCUUAUUCAAGCUGAUUCUGGUAGUAUCUUUACACCGAGGAAGUCAGAAUCUCCAAAAAUCAUAUAUUUACAUUUUUGUUCAUCACAAUUCAAAGAGUUUACCCAGAUUAAAAUUGUUCACGAAAGAAAGAUUUGUCCACGAAUUAUUUAAUUUAUAUUAAUUUAUAAUUGUUAUGCUUGUUAAGAGGGAUGUUUAUGUGAACAUCCUUGUACCAAAGGGACUUAUCCUCCGGGUAUGUUGAGCAGAGUUUUGUGCAGAGACCCAUAAAUUGUUUAGGCAUUAGAAUGCAACUUGUAAUAGUAAUGCUGUUGGCUACCCAUCAAUAAAUUUGCUAUUUGCGUUUCAGAGAAUCCGAAA